AUGGGCGUCACACCAGAGAUAUCUGUCUAUAACGAUGACAAAGAAAGCGGCGAAUCCAAAGCCCACACCCGCGAUACACAUCUCAGCGUCGAGGAAUUCUCACCCACACUCGAAGAAGGAUUCCGAUUUCGACCCUCAAUCCACGGCGAGGAUGUUGAAGACCGAUUUGAGGAUGAGGAUAGUGGAGCUCGCCAUCGUCGCCGUCUGGCAAAGCGCCAGAAUGCUGGGUGGAGGCCCGGGGUUAGGGAAUGGCUUGUUCUCAUCUGCGUGUCGAUUGUGGUUAUGAUGGAUGCGUUUGAUGCGACUGUGGUGAUUCCUCUGGUACCUUACCUUUCUCACGCCUUUGCGAGACCACUCGAGAAUAUCUUAUGGCUGCCCGCAGGCUACCUCCUCGCCAACGCCGGAGGACAAAUGAUUUUCGCCACGCUUUCCGAAAUAUUCAAUUACGGAUCCCUCAUGAUAGCCGCUCUUCUCUUCGCCACGGCCGGAACAGGCAUCUGCGGCGGCUCCAUGGAUUUCCCUGAUCUGCUCGCUGGUCGAACAGUGCAGGGAAUUGGCGGUGGCGGCGUAAUGGCGAUCUCGCUCUUGAUUGUGAUGGAUACCAUGCCAGGUUCGCAUUGGGUUCGGUACAUAGGAUGGCUGUCCACGGUUCGUGUGAUAGGCGCUAUACUAGGACCGCUCCUCGGUGGCCUGUUUGUCGAUUAUGUUCGAUUCAACUGGGCGUUUUAUUUCAACUUUGCAUUCUGUGCUCUGGGCCUACUGGUAUGCCCCUUUGCCGUGGAUUUGGGGUCGAAGAAAGGCGCUAGUCUUUCCAAGUUCAAGAGGAUGGAUUGGCCUGGCUGCAUCCUCGCCCUAACCGGGGUUGGCCUUUUCCUUGUCGGGAUGUGUUGGGGCGGCACGGAGUAUUACUGGAAGGACUGGGAAACAGUGAUGCCAAUAACAGUUGGAGGGGUUAUGAUCAUUACCCUUGUCUUCUGGGAGAUGCUAUGGGCAACACGACCGUUGUUCACGUUACGGGCGCUAGGUCUGCAAGAUCCGCGUUCAACGGCGAUAGCCUAUAUCGGUAGUUUCCUUCAUGGCUUCUUGGUGGGUCUCUUCGAUUGA